UACAUGUUUCCUUAAUUCAAAGUUUGACUUAUGAGAGAAUCUCUACAAGGUGAUUGUAAUUGGAUCUCGUCAAAGUGCCAAAAUUAAUGAAUUUGCGCUAUUCAAUUCUCAUCUCUCUCUCUCCUUUACUCUUUUACAUUUCCACAUGCAUAGAUUUCGACCUUCAAUUGCUGAAGGUGGGAAAGAUGGAUCUAAAGGUUUCGUGAAGAGGGUUACAUCAACUUUAUCACUAAAGAAAAACAAGAAGAACACCACAACAACAAACGAUCCAAAACCACUUCUUCCACGGUCCAAAUCAACAGGCUCCAACUAUGAACCCAUGAUACGUCCUCUACCUCAAGGGAAAAAGACUCUUCAAGAUGUCAAAGCAGCAAACGCAAAGAGGACCAAAUCUGCAGGUGUUUCUCCUCAACCACGCCGCGAAAAGAUCGAUGAUUCAUCCCGUAACAAAGAACAGUUCAUUAAGAUGAGAUGUUUUGACGACAGCGACUCCGUUUGGUUGGCUUCUGACUGCGCUUCUACCACUUCUCUUCUAGAGGAACGCAGAGUCUCUGUCUCGUUUCAUUUCUCCCUAGAUGAGAAGGUUGUCUCUUGGUUAUCAAACGCUGCUAACUCGUCAUUGUCUCUGAAAGAGAAUCAUCAGCAUCACCAGACAAGUUCAAAGAACACAAAAUCAUGUUCUUCGGAGAACGUACGAAAAGAUGGAAAGUUUUGCAACUCAGAUGGUAAAUAUAUUGGAACAGGUUCUGCUAAGCCGUCUUCUUCGCGUUUAACUGAGAGCAACAACAAGACUUGUCCAAGGAAGUCAUGUGAAGAGCCAUCUAAUCAUGAAGAAAAGAAAGUUAGUUUCUCACUAGAGUCAGAGGUGUCUCCUUCUACUCCUGCUAAACCCAUAGUGGAAGAGAGUGGAGAAUCAAAGAGAAAGAAUGUUGUGGAGCCGCUUUUCUGGCCAUUGGAGCAGAAGUUUGACUGGACGCCAGAGGAUAUACUUAGGCAUUUCACCAUGUCACCACGGAGAAAGAAAUCAAUAGGAACCAAAGGUGCAAGCACAUCUCCAAGAUCAAUGAGAACACAGCUUCAGACAAGAAAGCUAGAUCUCAAAGAAGGGUGCAAGAGAAAGCUCAUGUUCAACGGCGGUCCUGGAUCGAACUCAAAACCAACAAGGAUUCCCGAACUGAAAAGAACAGUGAGCAGCAACAAGGAAACCGAGAACAGCAAGCAACCCAUCAGGAACAAUAUUGUGAAGAGGAACAAAAGUUUGCCAUCUAGGUUGAGGAAAUCGAGUAGAGUAUCUUCAAAGGUGGUACCUGUUGAAGAGAGUGGAGAAGAGAUAGGAGGCAGAGAGGGGAAAACACCUAAGAAGCUUAUCAUGACACGCAAGUCCAGGACUUUCUUGGAAGAUGACUUUGCUUUGAUGAAUGAUUUCUCUAUAGAGAAAGCUGUUGGGCUUUGCGAGUUCAGGGGAAGAGAAGGCAUAGAUUCAGACUUCAACACUGAUGGUUUCUUGUUUGAAGAUUCUCUAUGAAGGAUCAAAAAAGGCUUACUGGUGGUGUAAAAUAGUGUAUACUUUGCCAAAAACCAACAUCUCUAUUGGUGAAAAUUUUGUUGCUUGUUUGUAUAUCUAUUGGAUAGUAAAUACAUGUGACAUUUAUAUAUACACGUAUAUGUAUCUGUUUU